AGCAGCCACAAUGUACUGAUUACAGGGACACACGCAAUGCAAGGGAAUUGCACCCGUCCUUGGACUCCUCAGGCAGGAAUGGGAAGAGGUAUUGUCCCAACACCACCAGACAUGAACACUACAUCUACCACGCCUAGAAGGGUUCCUACUUGCUUCUAUUGCAACAAAAGGGGGCAUGUAAAAUCAGAAUGUUGGCACAACCCUCAGAACAAAAAUAGCCAGAUCAGACGUGAGAACAAGGCAGCAGCAGGGUCAGCUUCAUCAUCAUCCACCUCAAAUGCGACAUCAAAUAUUUCAGCAGACGUGCAACAACUUUUAAUGACACCCCUGUCUAAACUCCACUUGAAACAAAAUGAGCAAGGAGAAUGGAAUGUGGACUCUGGAGCAGCAGCCCAUGUUACUGGUGACACAGGAUGCUCGAACCAAGAAGUCAUUCGCUGAGGGCACUCGCAAAGGAGAUAUGUAUGUCCUUGAAGACGCUCCAAAGAUGUCAAAACCUUACCUUUCAGAUUCAUCUUUUCCAAGUCAUAGUGAAGUCAAUGUCGCAGAGUAUAAUAAGCCGUCUAUUUGGCACGGUCGAUUAGCUCAUUGCAGUCAAUCUUUUGUUCAAAGUCUUAUUGCAGACAGACUCUUAGAUAAGUCCAGUCUGAGUUCAGUUAGUGAGUCCAACAUGUGCUCGAGUUAUCACAUAUGUAAGAGCCCAUGCCCUUCCAUUUCAAUU